UACUCUCCACAUGGGGCUGGACGGGCUUCUCUCCUCUUCAGCGUGGUCGGAGGCUGCCUCCUUCUCUACGCCCACCACUCAGCAGUUCACUGACCCAGAGCCUGAGGGCCACAACUGCUAUGAGGGCUGGGAGGAGGACCUGCUGCCUGAGGAGAGGGAGGUUCCUCUGCUAAACCUCUACCUUACCACCAAGAGAGUGGAGGACAUCGCCCUGAGGCUCGUCUCCCUGCGCCAGGCCUUCACUACCCUGCUUGGUUCCAACCUGAACAGGAACCAUCUGUUUGUGGCGGGAAAGGUCCUCCUGGGCGCACUGGACGAGGCCAAGUUCAUCCGUACCUAUAACGAUUUUGUGGACUACCUGAGUGACCCCUCCAAGUGGAAUGACAUUGAGAGGGAGCUGGCUGAGGCAAAGAUCCAUCAUGUGAACAUGAUAGAUGUCCUCUUUGAGCUGGUGCUGUUUGGGAUGAUGACAGCUCAGAAGUCCCUGAUGGUGCACCCUGGUGGGUUCGUGGAGCGUCUGUUCGCUCUCCUGUACUCCUUCCUGCCCACUGCUGCCAACAUGGAGCCAGAGGCUGACAGAUACCUGCUGCUGCUCAAUGUAAGAGUCAAGAGGUUACUUCCUGUUUACUUCCAUAUUCUUAGUGUACUUCCUUUUUACUUCCUUAUUUAUGAUGACAUCUUUGGCCAGCAGCUGGCCUGGUACUUUAACCCAGAGUCGCUGGUCACUGAGCUCUCCAGCCUCCUGGAGUACCACUUGGAGAGCCUCAUGACCAGCAUGUAG